GACGUAGUUUCAUCCAUGAAAAGAACAAGUUGUUCUUCCUUUGCUUGGCUUGCUUGUUUGUUUGGUUCCAUAUGAGCCUCCCUCCCUCCCUCCUCGUUCGUUUUGUAAAUUGGGAUUGGAUUUUGUAUUCUCCUCCUCGGAAUCGUCUCUCCGGCAUAUUCAUUAUCUGACUCUCUCUCUCUCUCCUCCGACAUCAUCAUCUCCCUCGUCUUCGUUGGGUUUCUUCUUCUUCAGAUUCUGUAAACAACAAUGUCUGGCCUGCUCGAUGGAAUCCCUGACGCUGUUGCUCUUAGAUGUCUUGCCUAUGUGCCACUUGACCUUCAUCCCAAUUUAGAACUUGUCUCUCGCUCCUGGCGUGCAGCUAUUCGCAGCGAUGAGCUCUUCAGGGUCCGCAAAGAGCUCCGAUCUUCUGAGCAUCUCCUCUGCGUCUGUGCCUUCGAUCCUGAGAACGUUUGGCAAGUCUACAGCCCCAACUGCGAUCGCUGGCUCACUCUCCCUCUCCUCCCUUCCAGUAUCCGCCACCUUGCCCAUUUCGGUGCUGUCACCACUUCCGGUAUGCUCUUUGUCUUGGGCGGGGGCAGCGACGCUGUCGAUCCCCUUACCGGUGAUCACGACGGUACCUUCGCUACCGAUGAGGUCUGGUCUUACGACUUUUUACAGAGACGCUGGACUCCUCGCGCUUCAAUGCUCGUUCCCCGUGCUAUGUUUGCCUGUUGUGUUCUUGACGGCAAGAUUGUUGUUGCUGGCGGGUUCACCACUUGCAGGAAGUCCAUAUCUGGAGCUGAGAUGUAUGAUCCUGAUCAUGACCUCUGGACUUCGAUCCCGGAUCUCCACCGGACGCAUAACUCUGCCUGCUCGGGUCUUGUGGUUAAUGGGAAAGUUCACGUUUUGCACAAAGGCUUAUCGACCGUGCAGGUUCUUGAGAGCUUUAAACUCGGAUGGGCUGUGAAAGACUACGGCUGGCCGCAAGGUCCGAUGGCUGUUGCUGAGGACGUGCUUUACGUGAUGAGCCACGGGCUGGUGUUCAAGCAAGAAGGUGACACGUGGAAGAUGAUUGCGUCUGCCUCAGAGUUUAAGCGGAGGAUUGGAAUGGCCAUGACGAGUUUGAGUGAGGAGGUACUGAUCGUAGGAGGAGUGAUUGGACCUGAUAGGCUCAACUGGGACAUCAAGCCCUUAUCAGACGUAGACGCUUUGACGGUUGGGAGUGAUCGUCCAGCGUGGCGGAAGGUGGCGCCGAUGACAAGGUGUCGUGGGACGAUCCUUGGCUGCACACAGUUGACAAUAUGAUGUGAUCAUCCUUCUUUCAAGAUGACAUCUUUCUGUUUUGUAUGUCUUUUGAUUUUCUUCGUGUUUGUUAAAUGUUUUUUAUUGUUUUUGUUGAGACAGGUAAACAACGAAUAGCUCUAGUAAGUAGAUUUUGAGAAAAAAAAAUAUUAUCCAAACAUACCAUUUGUUAUA